AUGGAUCUGGGUGCUGCUUCCGACGGCGGCGAUGGCGGAGGGAAGAAGAACAUAACCCUCCCCGAUGACUUGCCCAAAUCGCUAGACGACCGGAGGGUGGUGUCUACAAUACUACUGCCCGAGACGGAAAUGUACGAUGGGUGGAAAGGACAGUCACAAUUCCUCACGUCCCCCAUGUUGGCGAAACCACUAGACUUUGGGGACCUUUCGCUCAACGAUAGGACCUACCCCGAUGACGAGUUACGCAGCCCUAUGAGCAACGAGGCGAGAUUAAUGGAGAUGCUCGCUGCGCAAGCUGCCCAUUCCGCCGACCCCGGCUAUGGAGACGAAGAUACCCUUGCAUCCGAUGAGAAGAUCCCCGCAGAGAGGAAGCGAGAAAUGCUUCAAAAAUCCUUGAAUAUGGCUGCCAGCAAUGGGGACAUCGACCGAAUCCAGAAAAUCCUUAAUGGGAAGGCGAGAGCCUUUGUAGACGUAAAUGCACCUGACGAAGAUGGAACACCGGCUCUGAUUUAUGCCAGCUGCUUUGGUCACGAGAGUGUCGUUCAAGCGUUAGUAGAUGCCGGCGCCGACGUCGACAAGCAAGAUCGGAAUCAGUGGACGGCACUGAUGUGGGCCAUGACGAAUCGCCACAAAGGCAUAGCGAAGCUUCUUCUCGAUCACGGAGCAUCUGCAGAGCAGAAGACAUCGACCGGACGGACAGCCUUCGACUUUGUGCCUCCCGAUAGCGACAUGUCGUACUACCUCCAUGAUAGUGGCUACGGCCUCGGAACGGCGGGCGUGACGGACGACUUUUAUCGGCCGGGGUUCUCUCAAGAUCGAUUCGAAGAGGAAAUGGCAGCACAAGAGAUGCGGACACGGUUAAUGAUGGAUAGUGCUCGUGAUCUGGAGGUGGAUCUCGGAAAUGUUGGAAUAGAUGACCAGCCUGAGCCUAUCGACGAGUUCGAAGAGGAUCAACAAGAAUUCGAUUGGACACGAUGCAACCACGACCAGAUGUUUGUUUUCCAGGAGUCCGAGCUAGACGCCAUCUUGGAUAUCGUUAUUACGAAAAUGACGCCUCAGCGGUCACCAUCGCAAAAGCCGGUACCCGCCAACAUGAUCUUUCUUUCUGCGAGAUAUGCACACUAUCAUGCAAGCCCAGAACUUCUAGCGAGCUUGCUAAUCACGGCCAUGGACAAGAUCAACGACGUAGUAGAGAGAUAUCAAUGGGACAUGACGAUACUCGCUUUUUGGAUGUCGAACGCCACGCUCCUACUACACUACCUGAAGAAAGAUGUAGGCCUCGUCGAAGCCACGGUGGAGUUCCAGGCCCAACUCGCGGAGCUGAUCAAUGAGAUCUUUAUCCUCAUUGUUCGCGAUGCCGAGAGGCGUAUGGACAAGGUCCUCGACGCCGCCAUGCUCGACCACGAGACUAUUCCCGGGUUCGAAGACAUCACGUUCCAAAACGAAUGGAAGAUCUUCAAGCGAAAGACCCAAGUGAAAGAGGAGCCGAUAGAAAGGCGGUUCCGACCUCCCUCGCCCAAACAGCGAGCGAAGCCGGCGCCGCGCAACGUCACCUCCCUCCUCUCGUCCACGCUCUUCGUCCUUGACCUGUACGACAUCCACUCGGUCAUCACAGCGCAGAUCAUCUCGCAGCUCGUGUACUGGCUCGGCGCUGAGCUCUUCAACCGCAUCAUGUCCAACAGGAAGUACCUGGCGCGGACGAAAGCCAUGCAGAUCCGCAUGAACAUCUCCAUCCUGGAGGACUGGGCACGCGUCAACAAUAGGCAGCCCGAGCACUACGAGGGCGGCGACAUUAAGGCCUCAGGCGAGACCACGAUGGAGGCGUCGAGGAGGCACCUUGAGCCGGUGAUCCAACUCUUGCAGUGGCUGCAGUGCUUCUCGUCGCUCGGCGCAGAUGACCUCGAGGCGCUCGUGGGGACAUUGCAGCAGCUUAGGCGGUUGACGCCGCAACAGCUUCUUCACGCGGCGAAGCACUACAGGCCUGAAGUUGGUGAGAAGGGCCUCCCUAAGAGCGCGAUACAGUACCUUGAGGCUAUACAGAAGGAGCAGGCGUUACAGCGCGAGAAGAGGAGAAGCCGGAGCGCUCCGGCGACGCCGACCAAGCCCUCAAACGGGCAACAACAACUAGAACUACAACAACAAGCAGGCGAAACAACACAAGAUAAUAACGACAAUAACUACCCAGCAGGAGGCGACGAAGAUAGCGACGACGAACCGCAGGAGCAUCUACUCCUCGACCCGGCGCUCAUGCUGCCGUUCACGCUGCCAUCGGUGACGGAUAUGCUCGUGAGCUACGGGGCCGGGUUCGGCGGGAUGAACCGCGAGAGGGAGAGGAAGUACAUUCCUACGGUGCCUCCCGAGUUUCUUGCCAAAUUGGAGGUGAGCGGGGCGCGGAAGGGACCUAUGUUUGAGGAGAAGGAUUGGGAGAAUGAAGAGCUGUAG